GCAGGCGGCUAUGCAUUAGUGCAGCUCCUUAAUUGCGCCUGGAACUUUUUUGUAUUCUUUCAAAUUUUAAAACUGAACAGCAAUAUGAGAUCAAGAUUUUUCUUUGAUGAUGUCCCACCUUCACUGAUUUUAGUUUUGUUAAUGGACAGCAUUACUCAAAUACAACCAACCAGCAAAGGUUCUCAGUGGAAUUACACAGACCACUGGGCUGAAAUGUAUCCAGAUUGUGGUAGGAACGCCCAAUCGCCCAUUAACAUCGAGACACACUCUACUAAGUACGACCCUUCAUUGCAACCAAUUAAACCACUUGGCUAUGACAGCAAACUAGGAGAGUAUUUCAACCUCAGCAAUAAUGGACACACAGUGGUAAUGUCCUUACCUAACUACAUGUCUCUGGAAGGCCUUCCCAAGAAGUACACUGCAGUCCAGUUACACUUGCACUGGGGAGGCAGAGGUACACAGGAGGGAUCAGAACACCAACUUAACGGGAAGGCCUAUUUAGCAGAGCUUCACGUUGUGCACUUUAAUUCAGAGUCAUAUCCCAGUUUCACAGUGGCAAAGGAGAAAGCAGAUGGUCUUGCUGUUUUAGGCAUCCUGAUUGAGGAAGGGGAGAAUGCCAAUCCGGCUUAUGAGCACAUUCUGAAAAACCUAAUUUAUAUACAGCACUCAGGUGACUAUGUGUCUCUUCACUCCUUUGAUGUUCAUGAGCUGCUCCCUAAGCAGAUGGACAAAUACUUUCGUUACAAUGGAUCUCUCACAACACCUCCAUGUUCCCAAACUGUGCUGUGGACCGUCUUCGCUCAGAGUGUGCAGCUGUCUAGGCAGCAGAUGGAGGUGUUACAGAGCUCCCUAUACUCCUCUGAAGAAGGUAUACUGCCGGCCGUUCCUUUGGUAGACAAUUUUCGGAUGCCCCAGCCUUUAAACGGGAGGACUGUGUUUGUGUCCUUUACAGAGGAUGCUGCUGCUGUUUUCUCACCUGGGGAGAUUAUUGCAGUUAUCAGCGGCGUCCUUCUUGUGUCCCUGGGGAUUAUGUUCUUAAUUCACUUCAUUAUUAAAAACUCACGGUUACAGAACAACAAAGGGCCCAAAGAAGAGGAGUACAUACCUGCACCAUGCUCAAGUGGAGAGGCACAUCAACAACCCUGACCUUCAUGUCCAGAUACCUGCUGAGCAUCACAUAAGCUGUUCCAAGGACAGAAUAUCAGUUAGUUCCCACAAUUCAACAAAUGCUCCUACAGACCUAUACAUGACAUUCAAUUGGACUGGCAUCUCCACAAAUCCUGAAAGAAAGCUUAAGUGCAGCCUACCUUCACAUUGAAUAUAAAUAUACAGAAUAUUGAGAAGCAAACUUCAGACAUCUGUUGGUCAUCUUCAUGUCUUAAAAAGUGGUUGAGAUUCCACAGCACAAAUUUUAUAAUACGAUGUUUUCAACUGAUCUUAGACAGGGUUGGUUUGUUCUUUAAAUUGCAAGCAAGGUUAGAAAUGAAAUACUUUUGUUUUAUAUGGUGCCUUUCUACAGCAAAUGCCAAACAACGUACUUUACAUUUUCAUUAAAAUACACUUUUUUCAUCUGUUUUUCUUAUGGUUGGCCAGCAGAUUGGUCACUCUGUGAUUUAAAAUGAAGAAUGUGAGCCAUGAGGCAACCCCUCAUGUGAACAGCUAAAUGACGUACAACCAAUGAACCAGGUGUCUCAUUUCAGACCCCCAACCCAUUAAGCAAAAUCCAACACCAUAGCCUCUCAUUGCAAUAUACGGUGGAUUCUGACAUAUUCUUACUUUCUGCACACUUUGUGUUGCGGAUUUCAUUUCAAAUGGAGAGAUUUGUCAUUUUUUGUCAAGCUUUACUCAAUAACCUAUAAUGACAAACAGAAAACAUUUUCAGAAAGGUCUUCAAAUUCAUUAACAGUAAGUAUUCAAGUGCCCUUAAUUCAGGACCUUGUAGAAGCCCUGCUGGCAGGAAUUACAGCUUCGAGUCUUCUUGGAUAAGUAUCUACAAGGUUUGCACUCCUGAACUUGGACAGUAGAUCCCGUUCUUCCUGGUAGAAUUCUCUUAAGCUCCGUUAGACUUGAUGGGAAGUAUCUGUAAAUUUCCCUUUCCAUGUCUCUACCACAGAUGUUCUAUGAGGUUUAAGUCCGGGCUUUCGCCAAGCCACCCAAGGAUAGUUGGGAGACUUGCCUCAAAGCCACACCAGUGUUGUCUUCUCUGUAUGCGUAGGGUCAUCGACGCACAGAAACAUGAACCGUCUCCUCAGCCUGAGGUCCCCUGCACUCUGAAGCAGGUUUUCUUUAAGGACCUCUUUGUAUUUCACUGCAAUCAUCCUCUCUUCAACUCUGACCCGUCUCCCUCCCUGUCCAUGCUGCUGAGAAGCAUCCCCAUUGCAUGAUGUUGCCACUACCAUGUUUCACUGUUGGGAUGGUAUUAG